CCUGCCAGCUUGGGUUUGUGUGUGCAUGUUUUGAAACCCAUUUUUAGGUGCUUUAUUUACACUCACAUCUGCUGAAAACUGAUAUGAGCCAAACAAGCCUGUAGCCACUGCAGUGUCCCCAGGAGUUCGAAGGUUACAGAGACGAAGGUUUACCUCAUGGAGCGGGGGCUGAAUGUUUUUGUUCUCACAGGAGUAUUUGCCAAUGUGGUUUUUGGCCAAUUUCACUACAACUUUGUGAACACAUCCGUGAACUGGACCGACGCUCAGCGCAUGUGCAGGGAUCUCUUCACGGACCUGGCAACCAUUGAAAGUGCAGCUGACGCUGAAGCAGUUUUAAACCCCACUUACGUAGGAAAGGCUUGGAUUGGUCUCCAUGACGACUUGAUAAACAGCUGGAUGUGGUCGUUAAAUGACAGCAGCUUCUAUGGAGAAGGAGAAGACACAUACAGAAAUUGGUUCACUGGUGAGCCGAAUAAUGUGAAUGGUCAAGAGUACUGUGUUGAGCUUGUGAGUAGGAGUCCAUACUUUGGCAGGUGGAAUGACACGUACUGCAGUGAAGAACGGCAGUUUGUCUGCUUCAAUGGUACAUUGAAUGGCACAGCAACGUUUGUCAGGAUUGAAACGUUACGCAAUUGGACAGAAGCUCAGAGGUUCUGCAGAGAGAAUUAUGUAGAUCUGGCCAGCAUUCGAAACCAGACGGAAAAUGAAAUGGUCAGAAGUAUAGCAGACGGAAACUUUGUGUGGAUUGGUCUGCAUCGCCAAAAAAUAUGGUCUGACGGGAGUGACUCACUGUAUCGAAACUGGGACAGAAACCAGCCCGACUCUGGUGAAGAGCAGUGCGUCGCCACAUCGUUUGAGUCGGGACUGUGGUCAGAUGAAAGCUGCUCCAUCCAGCUGCCUUUCGUCUGUUACACAGCAGCUAAUGUCGUAGACUUCAAGCCAAUAAGACAAGAUGAGACCAGUGUCACUCUGCAGUGGAACAAAGUGAACGACGACGUCAGCUUCAUCUUGAAAAUUGAUGUUCACGAGGUGGGCAUCUCAUCUGACAGCACACCAAUAACUGUCACAGUCUUUUUUCCCACUGCAACUGAACACACAUUCAGGCUCUACUCUGUGUUUGAGAACAUCAGAAGCAGUGGAAUCAGCAUCACUGCAGUCACUGCUCCAGGUAAUGUAGAAGACUUGAGGUCAACAGGACAAAGUGAGAGCAGUGUCACUCUGCAGUGGAGCAAAGUGAACAACAACAUCAGCUUCAUCCUCCAUUUUAAUGGUACUGAGACAAACAUCAAAGCACCAGAUGGAGACGGACCAGUAACUCACACAGUCUCUUCUCUCAAUGCUGCAACUGAAUACUCAUUCACUGUCUACUCUGUGUUUGAGAACGUCAGAAGCAGUGGAGUCAACAUCACUGCAGUCACUGCUCCUCCAAGUAUAACUAGCCUUGAAGUAUCAAGAAAAAAUGAGAGCAGUGUCACUCUGCAGUGGAACAAAGUGAACAACAUCAGCUUCAUCCUCCAGUUUAAUGGUACUGAGACAAACAUCACAGCACCAGAUGGAGACGGACCAGUAACUCACACAGUCUCAUCUCUCACUCCUUCAACGAUAUACACAUUCACUGUCUUCUCCGUGUUUGAGAACGUCAGAAGCAGUGGAGUCAACAUCACUGCAGUCACUGCUCCUCCAAGUAUAACGAGCCUUGGAGUAUCAAGACAAAAUGAGAGCAGUGUCACUCUGCAGUGGAACAAAGUGAACAACAACAUCAUCUUCAUCCUCCAGUUUAAUGGUACUGAGACAAACAUCACAGCAGCAGAUGGUGGAGACGGACCAGUAACUCACACAGUCUCUUCUCUCAAUGCCGCAACUGAAUACACAUUCACUGUCGACUCUGUGUUUGGGAACGUCAGAAGCAGUGGAGUCAGCAUCACUGCAGUCACUGCUCCUCCAAGUAUAACGAGCCUUGGAGUAUCAAGAAAAAAUGAGAGCAGUGUCACUCUGCAGUGGAGCAAAGUGAACAACAACAUCAGCUUCAUCCUCCAGUUUAAUGGUACUGAGACAAACAUCACAGCACCAGAUGGAGACGGACCAGUAACUCACACAGUCUCUUCUCUCACUCCGUCAACGAUAUACACAUUCACUGUCUACUCUGUGUUUGAGAACGUCAGAAGCAGUGGAGUCAGCAUCACUGCAGUCACUGAAGGGCCUCAUUUUGUCGUAGGAUUGAAAGUCAGAUUGAGUUCAGACACUGAACUGUCACAAACAGAAAUUCAGGCUCUACUGGAUGAGCUCGUUGAAAGGUAUGGAUCAGCGGCAUCGCAGUUACUGUCUGUGAAGAUCAAGUCUGUUACUUCAAACGACUAGGAGGAGAUGCAUGGAGGGUUUUACACUUUUUUAUACUUGAAAUUGCUUCUUAAUGGAAUUAUAUAACAGAUGAAAUCAUGAAAUAAAUACAUAGCAUCACUUUGCCCACUUUGCCUAUGAAACUGCAACAGUGGCAGGGAUGAUUUUUAAUUAAGAUAUUACCACUUUUCUGUCAUUGCUAAAUCAUUUUCAUUGUAUUGCUCAGGUCUGCCAUCUUGUCAUGUAUUCUAUAUAUUGUUCACACAAGUAAAAACAAACAGGACUGUUUCUUGGAUUUGUAAUUCUAUUUACCAUUUUUACUGUGAUUGUGAUUUUGUCCUGUGGAUUUUGCACUUUUGCUUGGAGGUGGUGAAAUUUGAGACAAGUGAUUCUCGAGCACUCUAUAGAUUCAUUGCAGUGACAUCUGUUGGUUGCUUCUGUGUACUGCAUGUGAGGGGCAGAUUUAACCAGGGUUCAUGACGUCAUGACUGUCACGUGUCUCAUCCUUUCGGCUUUUAUGUCAGUUUUUAAUAAAAAUAAUAUUGUUUUUAAGACAAAUUUGUGUCAUUG